AUGAAAGUCGACAAGGACUCACGGGAAAUGUUGACGACCAACAUCCACCGCAGUCUGUUCCAGUACCAGCGACUUCCAUUCAGCGUAAAGACCGCCCCCGCGAUUUUACGACAGGUCAUGGACACUAUGCGCACGGGUAUUGACGGUGCUGCUGCCUAUCUGGACGAUAUAAUCGUGACUGGCAAGACAUCCAACGAACUAUCACAACAAUUGCACAGUGUUCUGACACGGAUACCGUAUUUAUCUUAG